CUUCCGACCUUUUUUCUGCCUUGUUCGGUCUUCAGGUUUUCUUCUGAAACAGUGCAGUGUGAAUGUGACAAUGGCACAACAUAGGUUUUUGAUACUGUCUGGAGUUGCAGUUAUUCUGGGGACCAUAAUGGUAAAAGUGCAGAGUAAUGAAGAGACACAGCUGAUCAGCGACUUGUUUAAAAACUACAACAAGAACAUCCGCCCAGUGAAGAACCCUGAAGACAGAGUGGAGGUUCAGAUCAAACUGACCCUCACCAACCUCAUCUCUCUGAAUGAAAAGGAGGAGACUCUUACGACCAAUGUGUGGAUUGAGAUCCAAUGGUUAGAUAUUCGCCUUGCCUGGAACACAUCUGAGUAUUAUGGCGUCAGUGUUAUUCGUGUCCCAUACAACACUGUCUGGUUGCCAGACAUUGUCCUGGAAAAUAAUAUCGAUGGCAAGUUUGACGUGGCUUACUAUGCCAAUGUGUUGAUCAGCAGUAAUGGUUGGAUGUAUUGGCUGCCUCCUGCUAUUUAUCGUAGCACUUGUGCCAUUGAGAUUACCUACUUCCCUUUUGAUUAUCAAAACUGCACAUUAGCAUUCAGAUCACAGACAUAUAGUGCCAACGAAGUGGACCUCAUCUUGGCUGUUGGAGAAACUGGAGAGACUAUUGAGUGGGUGGAUAUUGACCCUGAGGCUUUCACAGAGAAUGGUGAGUGGGCCAUCAUCCAUCGUCCAGCCAGGAAGAUGAUCAACACAAGAUAUACUCCAGAUGAUCUGGAGUAUCAGGAGAUCAUGUUUAAUCUGAUCAUCCAGAGGAAACCCCUCUUCUAUAUUAUCAACAUCAUCCUGCCAUGCUCCCUCAUCUCCUCAUUGGUUGUACUGGCCUACUUCCUCCCUGCUAAAGCUGGGGGACAGAAGUUGACUGUGUCCAUCUCAGUCCUGCUGGCUCAGACCGUCUUCCUCUUUCUUAUUGCUCAGAAGAUUCCUGAAACAUCGCUUUCUGUUCCCCUCAUUGGCAAGUACCUGAUCUUUGUCAUGUGUGUGACAACUCUCAUAGCCACCAAUCAAAUUGUGGUGCUCAACUUUUCACUGCGCAGUCCCAGCACUCACAUCAUGUCCAAGACCGUCAAACGUGUGUUCCUGGAGAUAGUGCCUCGCCUCCUGGGCAUGUCCCCCCUGGUGGAUGAAGGUGAAAUGACAGCAGAGGUAAAUGGCGUGAAGGAGCGCCGGCGUAGUUCUUUUGGCUUGAUGCAGAGAGCCGAAGAGUACGUGCUGAAACAACCACGUAGUGAAAUGUUGUUUGACAAACAACGGGAGAGGCACGGGCUCACGCGAUCCAUUGUUGACAGCAUAGACGUCAGCAGCACAGCCAGUUUGUAUAAGAGUUUGGCCCAGGCUGCACCAGAAAUCAAGCAGUGUGUGGAUGCCUGCAACUUCAUUGCUGAGAGCACAAGACAACAAAACAACACUGGAUCUGAAAUUGAAAACUGGGUGCUGAUUGGGAAGAUGAUUGACAAGGUGUGUUUCUGGGCUGCCAUACUCCUCUUCAUCAUUGGCACAGUGAGAAUCUUCCUAACGGGACACUUCAACCAGGUGCCAGAGUUUCCAUUUCCUGGACAAAACAAAAAAUAUGCCCCAUGAGCUGAGGAAUGAAGGGAACCUUUCCAGAGGUCACUGUAUCUCGUGCUGUUUACAAGGCUCUGGCUCAGUCAGUCACAGGCCGAGUUUAGCCUACACAGCAAGGAUUUAAUGACCAGGAUUUAACACAAAAUCUUUCACAGACUAAAACUCCGUCAGCACCUGAGGAAUUCCAUCCAUUUAUUUUGUUAUUAACAUUUUUUCCUGGUGACACAAGUACACUGCACAAAGUCUAUGAAUAUAAUGAUGUUUUACUCAUCAACAUCAUAAUCACCAUCACAAACAAACUGUGGUUAUUUGCUUAUUUUGUAUUGGAGACAUCUUAACAGUGUGAACCAAAGUGGUUUGAAAUUCAGUUUGAACUAAUU